AUGAGGAGCAGCGAAGCAGCAGCUGAUGUGCAGCAGCAGCAGCAGCAGCAGCAGCAGUACGGCGGUGGCAGCAGCAGCAGCAGCAGCAGCAGCAGCAGCAACAAUGCAUGCACAGCGAGAGUCUGCAGGGCUCAGACACCCCACGACCUUGCUGCAGCAGCAGCAGCAGCAGCAGCAGCAGCAGCAGCAGCAGCAGCAGCAACAGAGUCUCGCCUGCAGCAGCAGCAACAGCAGCAGCAGCAGCGGCAACAGCUGCAGCAACACCAGGAACAGCAACAGCAGCAACAGCAGCAGCAACAGCUGCAGCAACAGCAACAGCAACAACAGCAGUUUCCGCCUCUAAUUGAGGCAGCAGCAACAGCUGCAGCAACAGCAACAGCAACAACAGCACAGCAGCAGCAGCAGCAGCAGCAGCAGCAACAGGACGAGCAGCAGCAGCAACAACAGCAGCAACAACACGACCAACAACAACAACAAGACCAGCAACAACAACAGCAGCAGCAGCAACAGCAGCAACAGCAGCAACAGCAGCAACAGCAACAGCAACAGCAGCAGCAACAGCAGCAGCAGCAGCAGCAGGAUGGCGCUGUGUCUGCUGCACAUGCUUGA